ACUUGCAAGUUUCGAAAAUCUGAAAAUCUCCCGAGCGAGCGAAAGAAUCCUUAACAUUUGAUUCUCCGAGUCGAGUCCGGUUCAGAAAAUAACGGUGGUGUUUCAGAGGUCUAAUGGGCGUGGCGGGUUCUAAACUGGAGAAAGCUCUCGGCGAGCAGUUCCCGGAGGGAGAGCGAUACUUCGGUUUCGAAAACUUCGGCAACACUUGUUACUGCAACAGUGUUUUGCAGGCCCUUUACUUUUGUGCUCCCUUUCGUGAGCAGUUGCUCGAUUACUACUCCACAAAUAAUAAAAGUGAGGAGGAGAAUCAUCUCUUGACCUGCUUGGCUGAUUUGUUUUCUCAGAUAAGUGGUCAGAAGAAGAAGACAGGAGUUAUUGCUCCCAAGCGCUUUGUACAGAGGUUGAAGAAACAAAAUGUGCUUUUCCGGAGUUAUAUGCAUCAGGAUGCACAUGAGUUCCUCAAUUAUUUGCUAAACGAACUUGGUGACAUCUUAGAGAAAGAGGCAAAAGCUGCAAAAACGGACAACAAAACCUCAUCAUCUCCUGAAAAGAUUUCAAAUGGACCGAAACUUCUUCAGCCAAAUGGUGCUCAUAAAGAGCCUACUGUUACAUGGGUCCACAAGAUCUUUCAGGGUAUACUUACCAACGAGACAAGGUGUCUGCGGUGUGAGACAGUAACAGCAAGAGACGAGACAUUCCUCGACCUAAGCCUUGAUAUUGAACAGAACAGUUCCAUAACUAGCUGUUUGAAAAGCUUUUGCUCCACAGAGACUCUACACUCUGAAGACAAAUUCUUCUGUGACAAAUGCUGCAGUUUACAAGAAGCACAGAAGAGGAUGAAGAUCAAGAAACCACCACACAUCUUAGUCAUACAUCUGAAACGGUUCAAAUACAUAGAGCAGUUGGGUCGCUACAAGAAGCUAUCUUACAGAGUCGUCUUCCCAUUAGAACUUAAACUGAGCAACACAGUGGAAGAUUACGCGGACACCGAGUAUUCUCUCUUUGCAGUUGUGGUUCAUCUCGGAAACGGUCCCAACUAUGGUCACUAUGUAAGCCUCGUUAAAUCCCAUAACCAUUGGCUCUUCUUUGAUGAUGAGAAUGUUGAUAUGAUGGAAGAAUCUGCUGUUCAAACAUUCUUCGGCUCAUCACAAGAGUGCUCCAGUAAUACUGAUCAUGGCUACCUCUUGUUCUAUGAGAGCCUCCGAACAAGUUAAGAGGGCUUUUUAGUCUCUCUUGACAACAACUUAAUUUCUUUCUUUCAUGCUGUUUUGUGACUUGAAAUCAAAAAGUCUGUUUUCUUUUUAACUAAAAAUAAACUGAAAGUUUGUAUACUGAUGAAAACCAGACAUGUACAUCUUACUGACAAGAAAGAUUACACCAUUUGAUUAUAAGUUUAUAUUUGUA